GCGCAGGGGCGUGGCCGUAGCGCGCAGGCGUUCUCGUGGCGGGUGUCUGCGUCUCAGGAUGGAGGGUCUUGCCAUUCGUCUGAAGAACAGAGGUACAUUAUAAAGUCCAACUUUUUCUGCUGCAUUCCGUGAGGAAAAUGGAUAUAGCAAGUCCCCCAACUUCCAAAUGUAUCACAUACUGGAAAAGAAAAGUGAAAUCUGAGUAUAUGCGGCUUCGGCAGCUCAAACGGCUCCAGGCAAAUAUGGGAGCAAAGGCUCUGUAUGUGGCAAAUUUUGCAAAGGUUCAAGAAAAAACCCAAAUCCUCAAUGAAGAGUGGAAGAAACUUCGAGUCCAGCCUGUUCAGCCAAUGAAGCCCGUGAGUGGGCACCCUUUCCUGAAGAAGUGUACCAUAGAGAGCAUUUUUCCAGGUUUUGACAGCCAGGAUAUGUUGAUGAGGUCUCUGAACACUGUUGCAUUGGUUCCGAUCAUGUAUUCCUGGUCCCCUCUCCAGCAGAACUUCAUGGUGGAGGAUGAGACGGUUUUGUGCAAUAUUCCCUACAUGGGUGAUGAGGUGAAGGAAGAAGAUGAGACGUUCAUCGAGGAGCUGAUCAAUAACUAUGAUGGCAAAGUCCACGGUGAAGAAGGUAGUGGUCCUGGGCUCCCUAGUUCCAAGAAACAGUUUCCAAAUGACAUGAUCUUCAGCGCCAUUGCUUCCAUGUUCCCUGAAAAUGGUGUCCCUGACGACAUGAAGGAGAGGUACCGAGAGCUGACAGAGAUGUCAGACCCCAAUGCACUUCCCCCUCAGUGCACACCCAACAUCAAACGUAAGAACAAGGAAAUCAAGAUCGAGCCAGAACCAUGUGGCACAGACUGUUUCCUUUUGCUGGAAGGGGCAAAGGAGUACGCCAUGCUGCAUAACCCUCGGUCCAAGUGCUCUGGGCGCCGCCGCCGAAGGCACCCAGUGGUCAGUGCUUCCUGUUCCAAUACAUCAGCCUCUGCUAUGGCUGAAACUCAUGGCACCUAUUUCAACAACUUCUGCUCAAUAGCUAGGCUUCUGGGGACAAAGACAUGCAAACAGGUCUUUCAGUUUGCAGUCAAAGAAUCACUUAUCCUGAAGCUGCCAACAGAUGAGCUCAUGAACCCUGCACAGAAGAAGAAAAGAAAACACAGGUUGUGGGCUGCACACUGCAGGAAAAUUCAGCUGAAGAAAGAUAACAAUUCUACACAAGUGUAUAACUACCAACCCUGUGACCACCCGGACCGUCCCUGUGACAGCACAUGCCCCUGCAUCAUGACCCAGAACUUUUGUGAAAAGUUCUGCCAGUGCAGCCCAGACUGCCAGAAUCGGUUUCCUGGUUGUCGCUGUAAGACUCAGUGCAAUACCAAGCAAUGUCCAUGCUACUUGGCAGUUCGUGAGUGUGACCCUGACUUGUGCCUCACCUGUGGGGCCUCAGAGCACUGGGACUGUAAGGUGGUGUCUUGCAAAAACUGCAGCAUCCAGCGUGGCCUCAAAAAGCACCUGCUGCUGGCCCCUUCCGAUGUGGCCGGAUGGGGCACCUUCAUCAAGGGGUCUGUGCAGAAGAAUGAAUUCAUUUCUGAAUAUUGUGGUGAGCUCAUCUCUCAGGAUGAGGCUGAUCGUCGAGGGAAGGUUUAUGAUAAAUACAUGUCCAGCUUCCUCUUCAACCUCAACAAUGAUUUUGUAGUGGAUGCUACCCGGAAAGGAAACAAAAUUCGCUUUGCAAACCAUUCAGUGAACCCCAACUGUUAUGCCAAAGUGGUCAUGGUGAAUGGAGAUCACCGCAUUGGGAUCUUUGCCAAGAGAGCAAUUCAGGCUGGCGAAGAACUCUUCUUUGAUUAUAGGUACAGCCAAGCUGAUGCCCUCAAGUAUGUGGGCAUCGAGAGGGAAACGGACGUCUUCUAGCCCUCUGGGCCCCGUGCCAGUGCUGUGGUGGCAGCACUGUCAUGGCUUCAGGCAUACACCACUGCUGCUCCAGCUCCUGCAAUGUCUUCCACGCUGAGAAACCCCACCCACCCUGCAUAACUAGGCCUCCACUUUAUUCCAAGGGGACACACUGCCUCAGUGAGAGGGGAAACAGAGGCAGUGAAGACCUGGUGUCCCAGGAGAGUUCAGAUGUGAGAAGCUGUACUUCCAUGUCAGAGGAGGAGAUCGUGGGCUUGGGAUGAUGUCAGUGCUUGAUUUUUCCUCAGCUCCCAAGCUGUGGGCCCUCAGGAAUCAACCAGUGCUACCAUUUUAGCUUUCUCAAUCAAGAGUUCUUAUGUCCCUGGCUGUCAGGCAUUGCUAAGUGGAAUCAGGUCCCUGGAGCCUACAGGUGCUCUGGGUUAAAGGUGAGCCUGGCAAGCAUUGCAGGCAGAACUCAAAGGGAGAUGUGUCUUCAUGACAUCAAAGCAGGAAUUUAAGCAUACAGGAAGGGAAACUAAGUUCCCCCAUCCUGUGAACAUAGAGCCAGCUACACCCUAGGAAAAGGCCUGUCCUAUAGAUUAUGGGGAUAGUAGGGCUUUUUCUCAGGCUCCCAGAAGCAUGUGCCAGUGACCCACCUCCUUCCAAAGUUCUGGCUCAGUGGCAGCAUGCCUAAGCUGUGGCUGAGCAUGGGGCUGGUCUGGUGGGAGGAAGUACUCUGGGUCGGUGAAGCUGCAGUCGUCCCCAGGCCCUCCAUUCCUCAGAUGCUUAUCCGUGGAGCAGCUUUACUGCUUUCAUCAGGGUAGCUGGGUCUAAUUUAGACUGGAGGGAGAUGUGACUGGUCUGGUUUACUCCGUCUGUAGUACCUGCUGUUGGCUGUGUUUGCGGGUGGGUGAGGGGUGCCAUUGAGCAUUUAGGAGGGUGUUACAGUGCAGGGGAGACUGGCAGGCAGACCACCAUUCUCUGGGAUUCAAAGAGAACAAAGCACUUUAACUCUCUUUUAGAAGGUUUAUAGAUUGGAGUGGAGUUUGAGCCAAGUCUCUGCCCGAAUCCCACUUCUGAAGGAGGAAGAGGAGAGUGGAAGAUUCUGCAGUUCUGUCUCAUCUUCUGAGAGGCAGGAGGAGCUGGCUUGACACAAGAACAAAAACUAGUCAGCAUAGCUGCCUUGAGUCUGGUGUGCUGAGAACAGGGGCGUGUUCUGGAAAGGGCUUGGGUAGAUAUAGACUGCCCUAGGUAGUGUUAGAAUGGGGGACAAGCUUCUUGCUUCCUGGAGGGCCAGAGCUCCUCUGUGGUUCUUGCUAAACAUUUCCUUCUCCCACCAAAGAAACGAAACCAGGCUCCCUUCUACCACACUGCCUCUUAGAGAUUUGCAUGGGGCAUGCAUGCUUGUGCACAUACACACUCCUUCACUACACUGGUAGGUCUGUGUGUACCUCACCCUCAGCACACACCCUACAGUUCCUGACAGUAGCCUCUCCCCACACAGUUCUGAAAUUGAUAUCUGCCAGUGGUUUGUGUCUAUUGUAUGUAUCAGGGAUACCUUCAAGCCUAACUAUAGGCUUUGAAUUACUCAUUCUCUGGGAAACUAGAGACAGGUGGGGGAGGACUGGUCGUGAGGAAUGCUUUAAAACAUGUUGGCUCUAGACUGACCUCAGCAAGCAUCACUGGCAGCCCCUCGUCCCGCAGUUCAGGCUAAACUGCUCUUCCAGCCGCCCAUUCUUGGUUCCUGCUGUCCUCAACUGACGGGUUUCACCCCUCCUCUCCACUUCUGCCCCACAUCAUGUAAGAUGAUAAAGUGAGGGCUGUGGACUGGUGGGGAACUGCCGUACAUGUGGCUUUAUUGCCAGUGAAUUUCUUGCACUUUAAAGUCCUGUGGCUUGUGACCUCUAUCUAAUAAACUGUUAAGAGUCCA